AUGACGUUAAACAACCCAAAUAUUUCUUCCGACGCAAUGACGAGAGCAAAAGAUGAACAAUUUGCAGAGUGGUGUCGCAAUUACAUUAACGAAGCGAACGAGUCAUAUGAAUUCCCAUUGUGGAUGCUUGAAUUUGUGAAAGGCCCUAAGCGUCAAUACACUACAUGGCCUAUGUAUUAUUCAAGGGGAUACCACUACCAUACACAUCAACAUGGAAACAAUAAGAAGACGAUGAAUUAUGGUGUAUGUGUUCGUGGAACCGCUGAGANNNAGUAUUUUGGAUUGAUNGAAGAGAUAUUCAUGAUUGAGUAUCAUGGGGCUGUUGGACUAAAAGCAAUGAUUUUCAAAUGUGAAUGGUUCAAUACAACACUUGGUCGAGGAAUACAAAGGCAUCCAAAUGGUAUUGUCGAUGUUUGCCCACAAAUGCAUUACGACAAAUAUGAUCCUUUCAUAUUACCAGAGCAAUGUGAUCAAGUCUGUUACAUUCCUUAUCCGCGAGUGCGUCAAAUCAAAGAAGAAUGGUGGGCAACGACCAAAGUUAUGCCAAGAGGGUUUCGUGAAACCCAAGAAGUUACUCAAACUGCAUUUCAAGANGAGCUUCAUGACCAUGUAGUUCCAGCUACUAAUAUGAUUCGAGUCGAAACAUAUGCAGUCGAAGACGCAUCAGAUGAUGANCCCUUACCGAUGGAUAAUCNUAAUGACGAGCAUAUUUCCGAAGAUGAUUUAGAAGAUGAUUGUCAUGAAUACUCGGAUUCUAGUUCAAAUUCAGUUUGA